AUGACCCUCUCAACCAGCCGGCAGCAGUUCCUGGCUUAUGAAUCUCAAACUCCAGAAGACAUCCACUAUGGAAGAAGGGGAGGAAUAUUCAUAUCAAACUGCAUUUGUGUAACAUUUAUAAUUUUCGCCGUCCUAAUUGCAGUCAUCGUCGGAGUUAUUGUGCACUUUAUCACCUACUUCAAGCUCUCACAGAAAACGGUAGACUUUUGGGAUGAAACGGAACCAUUUGGUCAAACAGGGUCACCAUCCCCUGACCUCAGAUUCCCAUCAUAUAUAAUACCGAGUUUCUACAGACUCAAACUAAAAGCGGAACUAGAAAACUCCACCUACUCUGGCGAUGUUUAUAUAACACUAAAAGCCAGUAAAAGUGUCAAAGAAAUUAUAUUACACUCUAAAAACCUCAGUAUUAGUAGCAACGCUAAGCUUACAGAACAAAUAUAUGAAAAAGUUGAAACUUUACGGUCCCCUAAAGUGAAGCGGGAAGCGCCAGAAGCCAAUGCCACCACCACCGCAGACAACACUACUACCGAAGUUCCUACAACAGUGGUUGUUGAUCAGAAUGCAACGACAGCAAUCGUACCAGAAACAACAACCAGUGACGAUAAUGCCACAGCUUUAAGGAUAGAUACUACGCCAGCUCCUACUCCGGUGGACACUGAAAUAAGUCAUAGUGCGGUGCGGACAAUCAAAAUUCUCUCCAUAGUGGAAGGUACAGGAGACAGACUGAUUUUAGGACUGGAGUCUGCGUUAAAAGCUAACGUAGACUAUGUACUGCAGCUGUCAUUUGAAGGUGCCAUCUCAAAUUCCUUGACUGGAUUUUACAAGAGUACCUAUGUUAAUGACAAAAAUGAAGUCAAAAACCUAGGGGUCACGCAAUUUGAGCCGACGUCGGCGCGGUCCGCGUUUCCUUGUUUCGACGAGCCAGCCUUCAAAGCAAAGUUUGAGAUUAGCAUCGCGCAUCCCGAAACUGUCACUGCGCUGUCAAAUAUGAAGAUAGUUGCGCAGGAGCCUGUCCCCGACCAACCCGGCUGGCAAUGGACGCAUUUCGACAGAUCAGUCAGCAUGUCUACCUACCUAGUUGCCUACGUUCUAUCUGAUUUCAAAUCCCUAGAAACGAGUUACACGAGCACAAAUAAUGUUACCAUACCAAUCAAGAUUUGGACUAGGCCCGAACUAAUAGGGAAGGCCAAAUACGCGUCAGUGAUUACUCCAAAGCUUCUCGCGUAUUAUGAAGAGGUGUUCGGUGUGCCCUAUGCUUUAGACAAAAUGGACCUCAUUGCUAUUCCUGAUUUCUCAAGUGGAGCCAUGGAGAACUGGGGGCUGGUGACCUUUAGAGAAACAACCCUUCUAUUCGACGAGGCAGAGAGCGUGCCCCGUGACAAGCAGAACGUGGCCAUAGACAUCGCGCACGAGCUGGCGCACCAGUGGUUCGGGAACCUUGUCACCAUGCGCUGGUGGACCGACCUCUGGCUCAACGAGGGAUUUGCGACCUAUAUCGAGUACGUUGGGGUUGAUCAUGUUGAACCGGAAUGGAAUAUGUUCGAAUCGUUCUCCCGCGACAAGAUGGACUUGCUUCGCUCCGACGCUCUGAAGAACACGUCUCCUGUCUCAAGGAAAGUGGAGGAUGCGUCAGAAAUAUCGCAGAAAUUCGAUGAAAUAUCCUACACUAAAGGAGCUAAUCUUAUAAGGAUGCUGAACCAUACAAUUUCUGAAGAACUGUUCCACAAAGGAUUGGUUAUUUAUUUGAAUCAAUGGAAAUACUCAAACGCGGAGGAGAACGACCUCUGGCACGCGAUGUCAAAGGCGACCCCGUCGGAUCCGUCGCUGCAGGACCUCAACGUGGUAGACUUCAUGAACUCGUGGACCAGGCAGGCCGGGUACCCCGUCCUUAGCGUCCACAGGGACUACGACAGUGGACGGGUCCAGUUUGAACAGCGCCUAUUCACGGCGGCAACAGACCCAUACCAGAAAAUGUUGGACCAACUAUGGCACAUCCCCAUCAGUUAUUGUAUAGUAGACUCGCCCGUGGACACCUGGACUUCUAAACCUAAGACCUGGCUCAAAGGACGCACUACUUCUGUCAACCUAGCUAUCAACGAUACGCAGGCGUUGUAUGUCAAUGUCGAUGCUAUUGGCUACUACAGAGUGAACUACGACAAGAAGAACUGGGAAUUAUUGAGCAUUGCCCUUAAAACUGGACAAAUUAAAUCUCCUAUAACAAAGUCACAGCUCAUAGACGAUGCCUUCAACUUGGCCAAAGUAUCCCAACUCAAUUAUAGUUAUGCACUUGGACUGACUACUUGUGUAAUCAAUGGGGAAGAUUCCAAAAUGGUCUGGGACCUUCUACUGAACAACAUGGCGUUUUUGAGACAUAACUUGAGGGCUACGUCUGGUUAUGUUUAUUUCCAAGACUACAUGAGAAUAUUACUGGCUAAGCAGCUAGAAAAAGUGAACUACGGCCUGUCGAAGCCGAAGGACGACAAUGAAGCGUUCCUGAUAGAGAACCUCGUCAUGUGGGAGUGUUACGUGGAGUCUCCGCGCUGUCUGCGCUGGGCGCGCGACCAGUUCGACAACUGGACCAAGCAGGAAGAUGUUAAUAAUAACCCUAUCCCCAGUUACCUCCGUGGCCUAGUGUACAACAUGGUCCUCCGCCACGGCGGUCGCACAGAGUUCGAGUUCCUGUACCGAGUGUUCCAGACUUCCACAGACCCUAAUGUCAAGACUCUCAUCAUCAACAACCUGCCCAGCACGAGGGAGGAGUCGCUUAUUACUUUGCUCCUGGAGCGGUCUCUGUCGGAGAUCCCGAAGCAGUACGCGGUGGCGGCGUGGAGCGUGGAGGCCCCGCUCGGGACGCGGCUCGCGCAGGACUUCCUGCUCACACACUUCCACCAGGUGUACGACAAAUUCACACAAAUGGACGCAUUCAUGUUCCCCGCCGUACUCAGUGGAAGCUUCGGGUUCAUCUCUACGGAGGAAGAACUUACCAGGCUGAAGAACUUCGCUCUAAAGCACAAGGAGCAGUUGAUGCCGAUGUCGCAGACUCUCCAGAAGUUGGUGGACACGGCCACGUUCCGCAUAGACUGGGUCAGGAAACACUCCGCCGGGAUCAGCAAGUGGUUCCAGGACUAUGUCUCCGGUAAAUCGCCGCUAUCACAAAUAAGUACAGUGGCCCCGUCCGCAGCAAGCCCGGCUGGCAACUCCAGUAUAUCGGCCGACACUACGCCGAGCGACAAUACGCCGAGUGGCACUACGCCGGACAGCACUACGCAGAGUAACACUACGACACCUGCCGCAGCGUAA